UUUUUAGUCAAGAUGGCUGCUGCAAAGAAGGCUUGCCUCAUAGUUAUCGAUGGAUGGGGUAUUAGCGAGAAUACAGAAGGAAAUGCAAUAUAUCAUGCUGAUACCCCAGUUAUGGAUGCAUUUUCCAAGAAUGCCGACCAGUACCUCACACUUGAUGCAUCUGGAUUAGCAGUAGGACUUCCAGAUGGUCUCAUGGGAAACAGUGAAGUUGGUCAUCUUAAUAUUGGUGCUGGUCGAGUCCUUUAUCAGGACAUUGUUAGGAUCAAUAAAGCAGUGCAAGAGAAGACAUUAGUGCAAAACAAGAACCUAAUUGCAGCUUGCAAUAAGGCAAAGAAUGGAAACGGAAGACUGCAUUUUCUAGGACUUGUGAGUGAUGGAGGAGUCCAUUCCCACAUAGAUCAUUUGUUCUCAUUUCUUGAAUGUGCCAAGGAGUUAGGUGUUCCAAAAACAUUUGUUCAAUAUUUCGCUGAUGGUAGAGACACUCGGCCAACAAGUGGAGUAACCUAUGUACAGCAAGUGCUUGACAAAAUAAAGGAACUACAGUACGGCUCGCUAGCCUUGGUUGUGGGGCGGUAUUAUGCCAUGGAUCGGGACAAGAGGUUUGAAAGAAAUAAGAUUGCUUUUGAAGGAAUGGUUCAAGGAAUUGGGGAAACUGCAACACCAGAUACAGUUAUUGAAGUAAUAAAGAAGCGUUAUGAUGCGAAAGGUGAUGACUGUCAGACAGAUGAAUUCCUAAAACCCAUAAUAGUUGAUCCUGAUGGACGUAUUCAAGAUGGAGAUACACUGGUUUUUAUUGAUUUCCGAGCUGAUCGAAUGAGGCAGAUUGUCGAAGCAUUUGGUAUAAAACCACAAUUUGAAACUGAUAAGAUACCCAAAGAUAUUAGUGUAAAUAUAAUGACGCAAUAUAAAAAAGAGUUUCCAUUUCCUAUUCUCUUUCCUCCUGAAGUUCCUAAGAAUGUCCUUGCAGAGUGGCUCUCUGUGAAAGAUGUUUUACAAUAUCAUGUAGCAGAAACAGAGAAGUAUGCGCACGUGACAUUUUUCUUCAAUGGUGGCCAGGAGGCACAGUUUGAGGGUGAAGAGAGAAAGUUGGUACCAUCACCGAAAGUGGCAACCUAUGACUUGCAACCUGAGAUGAGUUGUGAUGGAGUAGCUAAAGAGGUUUGUGGUGGAAUACGAUGUGGGAAAUUUCCAUUCGUAAUGUGUAAUUUUGCUGCUCCAGACAUGGUCGGUCACACUGGCAAAUAUGAACCUGCUGUGACCGCAUGCACAGCUACAGACUUGGCAAUUGGCAAAAUCAAGGCAGCCUGUGAUGAAAAUGGGUAUGUUCUGUUCAUUACUGCUGAUCACGGAAAUGCAGAGAAAAUGUACAGUGAUCAAGGUGGACCUCAUACAGCGCAUACAACUUACAGAGUUCCACUAGUAAUGCAUAACACAGAUCUCAAGCUAGCCUGUCCUGCAGGUUAUAAUGCUGCUCUAUGCGAUGUUGCUACCACCAUACUGGAUGUCAUGGGCAUUGAACAACCACCAGAAAUGACAGGCCGGUCUUUACUGGUACAUUGAAUAGAAAUCUGAAAGCGACAAACAUUAAUGUAAAACUUUCAAGCUUAGGUUCUAUUAAUUUAAAGGCGAGUGUUUUAUAAGGCUUCCCAGCAACUUCCCUGCUUUUGAGGAAUUCUG